UCAGUAUAAAACCCACCACCUUUUGUAGUUGAGCAUCAUUCUCAACUCGUCGCUUAUAAUACCUGCACGAGGUCUGAAGUCUAGGCUACCACGCUAAAAAUCACAAUGCGAUUCAUUUUUUCAAAAAUUGGGCUAUUUUUCUUUGUCAGUUUCGCGUUUUCAAAUUCGCUUUCAGUCGCCGACGGCUUGGAAAAUGUUGAGUUCAAGGAGAAACAUUUAAGAGAAAGUGAUUCCGAUGAUGAAAAUGAUCACAUAGUUGGUGGAACAGCAGCUGCCCCUGGAGAAUUUCCAUUUCAAGCAGCCUUGAACCUCAAUGGUGGUUUGUGCGGAGGAACUUUGAUUUCAGAAUCCAUUAUUUUGACAGCAGCGCAUUGCUUGAGCGGUAAAACAGCUGCCUCUACCACCAAAUUCAGUGUGACCGCCAACACAACAUCGUUGAGAGGCGGAGCCAAUGCCGUCACUCGAAGAGUGAGAAAAUUCGUCGUUCACGGCUCUUACAAUUCCAAAACGAACGAUAACGAUAUUGCCCUGCUGGCUUUAAGUUCACCGAUAAAGAACGUCGCGUUCGUUAAGCUUCCGCCAGCCUCGGCCGGUACUUACGCAGGCAAUUCGGCGGUUAUUGCCGGAUGGGGUACAACAUCUUCCGGAGGGCGCAUCUCGCAAACUCUGCUCAAAGCUACGGUCACGGUUUUGGAGAAUGCAGCUUGCAACAAAAAAUACGGCGGGAAAAUUACCAGUAACAUGAUUUGUGCCGCCGCUCCGGGUAAAGACACCUGUCAGGGUGACAGUGGUGGUCCCUUGCUAGUUGGAGGAGUUCAAGGGGGCAUCACCAGCUUCGGAUAUGGCUGCGCUGAUUCUAAAUUUCCCGGCGUGUACACUCGAGUUUCAAAUUACGUCGAUUGGAUCAAGAGAACCUCGGCUAACAUUUAAAUGGCACGAUAAGGCAGAGGAAAAAAUCGGAGCGCACCCUUGCCAGCCCCUUGCCGUAAUUACAUUAUAUAAUUAAUUAUAGAAUUUUUCUCUUAUAAAAUUAUUUAAAAAAUUCUAUAUUUCAUUUGAGGGCAAUCAAUUUUGUUAUUGGUAUUCGGGUCUGUUUGGAGAAGCUUUGGAAAUUAUUUGGCAUGUGUUAUGGUCUACAUGAGAAUAGGGUACUUGUAGAAAUUGCAUAAAAAUACUGUUUAGUUUUCCUUCAGAAUUAUCAAAAGAAGUCGAAUAUAUCCUUACCCAACG